UGGUCCACCUGGGCCCUCUACAAAAAAGGUAUCAACCAGGAUAAAGUUUUGAAUUUUGCAAGAAAUAUUAAGAAGUACCGUUUUAACUGCAGCCAUAUUGAAAUCGAUGACAUGUACACGCAGGCCUAUGGGGACUUUGACUUUGACCCCGUUAAGUUCCCCAACGUGACAGAGAUGUUUGCAAAACUGAGAGAAGAUGGGUUUAAGGUCACCCUGUGGACUCACCCUUUCAUAAACUAUAAUUCCUCCAAUUUUGGGGUGGGGAUCGAGCGUCAGCUUUUCAUCAAGGAGCCAUCGGGGCAGCUGCCCGCAUGGGGGAAAAACAGCGGGGCCAUCCUGGACUUCACCAACCCAGCAGCCCGGGACUGGUUCCAGAGCCACCUGCGCCAGCUCCAGCACAAGUACGGCAUCUCGUCCUUCAAGUUUGAUGCGGGUGAGACCAGCUACCUGCCCAAGCAGUUCAGCACCUUCCGCCCACUCUCAGACCCCAGCAUCUGGUCACGGCGCUACACGGAGAUGGCCAUCCCCUUCUACGAGCUGGCCGAGGUGCGGGUGGGCUACCAGUCACAGAACAUCUCCUGCUUCUUCCGCAUUAUUGACCGCGACUCCGUCUGGGGCUAUGAGCUCGGCCUCAAGUCCCUUAUCCCCACAGUGCUCACCAUCAGCAUGCUGGGGUACCCAUUUGUGCUGCCAGAUAUGAUUGGAGGAAAUUUCCUCCCCAACAAGACAGACGGGGCAGUGGAGAUCCCCAACCGGGAGCUGUAUGUGCGGUGGCUGGAGCUGUCGGCCUUCAUGCCCUCCAUGCAGUUCUCCAUCCCACCCUGGCUCUAUGACAAGGAGGUGGUGGAGAUUGCCCAGAAGUUCACAGAGCUGCACGAGUCGCUGGUGGCCCCGUUGCUGAUGGAGCUGGCUGGGGAGGUCACCGACACGGGUGAUCCCAUCAUCCGUCCCAUCUGGUGGAUCUCGCCCCGCGAUGAGACCACGCACAGGAUCGACUCCCAGUUCCUCAUCGGGGACACCCUGAUGGUGGCACCUGUCCUGGAGAUGGGCAAGCAGGAGCGUGACGUCUACCUGCCAGCGGGCAAGUGGCGCAGCUACAAGGGGGAGUUGUUUGAGAAGACCCCGGUGCUGCUCACAGACUAUCCCGUUGACCUGGACGAAGUGGCCUAUUUCCUCUGGGUUUCCUAA